ACGACAAAUUUAAGACUUCGCUAGCCCAUGCAAUUUUGUAAAGAAAUCGGUCAUCAAUAAAGUUUCAUAAUAUUGAAACAAUAUGGCGGCGUACAGGUCGCCUUUAGCGAUCAGAGGUGUGAUCAGAUUUUUGCUGAAAGAUACGUUUCCGACACCAAGCAGGGUUUGUCACCUCACCUUCAGUCACUCUGCGGAAGGUUGCACUCCGAGCACAGGGAGGUCAUCUGCACCGUCAGGCUGCCCCACAAAUCCUGCAGCCUCACAUGUCCCUGUCUCCAACACUAUCGCCCACUAUGACAGCCUCAUCCACGGUGGCACCCUGCAGGCGGACAGGCAGCAGAGAGAUGCGCUCCAGCAACUGGUUCGACUGCAGAAAACCCUGAAGAGCUACUGCAAUGACGUGUACCUGAAGCCACUUACACCAAGGGCAAACCUAAAAGAUGACACCACCCAGCCUCAGGAACAUCAAGACCCCCACUUGAGAAAAACCGAAAACAAAGCCGGUGCCUCUCCAGAAAAGCAGGAUCCCCCUCCACCACCACCUCCACCUCCACCCAGGGGCUUCUAUAUUUAUGGCGAUGUCGGCACUGGGAAGACCAUGCUCAUGGACAUGUUUUACUCCCAUGUGGAAAAUAGCCGUAAAAAGAGAGUCCACUUCAAUAGCUUCAUGUUGGACAUCCACAAAAGGAUCCACCGGAGGAAACAAAGCCUGCCAAAACGAGGGCUAGGGAAAAUGUUCACCUAUGACCCCAUAUCACCAGUUGCCAUGGAGAUCAGCAGCGAAACCUGCCUCUUGUGUUUUGACGAGUUUCAGGUGACCGACAUUGCCGACGCCAUGAUCCUGAAACAGCUGUUUGAGACCCUGUUUCAGACCGGGGUGGUGGUCGUCGCCACGUCCAACAGACCCCCUGAUGAUCUGUACAAAAACGGACUUCAGAGGGACACCUUCCUGCCUUUCAUCGACGUGCUGAAGGAGUACUGCCAGACCAUCUGCCUAGACUCUGGGAUUGACUACAGGAGGCUGUACCAGGCUUCAGCUGGGAAUCUCUACUACCUCACAAGCGAUCCUGGUGCAGAGGCCUUCAUGGACACACUGUUUGAUGAGCUAGCUUUGAGACAAAAGACUGUUACAGGUCCUCAGGUGCUCACGGUGCAGGGCAGGGAAGUGACUCUGGAAAAGACCUGCGGCUCCAUCGCCGACUGCACCUUCGACGAGCUGUGCAGUCGACCUCUGGGUGCUGGUGACUACCUGGAAAUGGCGCGGGUCUUCGACACGGUGUUCAUCCGCCACGUCCCCAUGCUGACGCUCACCCUGAAGGACCAGGCCCGGCGCUUCAUCACGCUCAUAGACAACUUCUACGACAACAAGGUGAGGGUGGUGCUGCUGGCGGCGGCUCCUCUCGAGCGGCUCUUCGUCCACUCCGGAGGGGAAGAUGAGAGGGACCGCCAGCUGCUGGACGACCUGGGCCUCAGCGGGGAUGCAGGAGAGCGUCUGAGUCUGUUCACAGCCGAGGAGGAGAUCUUUGCCUUCCAGAGGACCGUCUCCAGGCUGACGGAGAUGCAGACGGAGACGUACUGGGUGGAGGGAGACCGCAGUGACAGCAAGAGACACAUAAACACCUAACAUCCGUCCCUUGUUGCCACAUCUUAUAUACCUCACUAACUACUGACAUGGGAUCUGGGCAAGUUCCUGUUUUUGUGAAAGUGGACACUGUGAACAUAUGGAAUUCAAAUGGGGGAAAUAAAGCCAAGCAGGCUUUUAGUGUCAGACCAAAAAAUGAAUAAUAAGUAAUGCUGGUAGAGGCUGCAGUCCAAUGGAUCCAGUGGAAAUUAGAUAUCCAUAAAAAAUAAAUCCUUUGUUAAAUUUCCUGAACUAUAUGAUUUAAUGUAUAUAUUGGUGGAUACCUGUUUUCCUCUGGAUCUGACUUCUCUUCAUCCUGGCAUCACAUUUUUUAUUUAUUUUUUUUUUUACCUUUUCAGUCUGUUUCUCCAAGGUGUGCUCUCUCCCCCUUGUGGGCUUUUUGGAUACAUAUUGGUUUUGCAGAAAAUGGGAAGCUCUCCAACAUCUGUUAACCACAAGGCAAACAGGUGCUUACCUCAGGCAGAGAAUGGAGAAUGGGAGCAGGACUCUUGCCAAGUAGAUGACUACUGCCCUCUAGUGGCUGAAUACACAAAAAGUCAAAUAUUCUCAGUCUAGUUGCAAUGGGACAAAAGGAGGCUGCCUAGUGACUAAUUUGCAAUAUGUUAAUGAGUGAAGGGAAUAAAAUCUCAACUGUAAACAACCCUUUACAAGUAUUAAAUGUUGUAUAUUAUAUUUAUCCGAGCACUUAAUAAAUGUUUAACUGAAUAAAUGUUUCUGU